GGCCCGAAGGGCCCUCCAAGCCGUUCUUCCCGGGCCCCGUCCCGGGCUUUUGCGCCUGGCCUUCUCAAGCCUCUGCUCUCCAUCUGUCCCUGUAUCGUCUCCGCCCCUUCCUCUCGCCGCUGCCCUUUGUUUAGCUCAGUGUCCUGCAUGCUCAAUAAUGUCAUUGCCCAUCCCCUGUCCUUUCUGUCGUCUCUCCCGUUCCCCCAUUUCUGCCACACACCCCAACCCCACCCCCCUGGUUUUCCUCUGCCCUUGCUGCCUCUUACUGUCUGACUUAACUGGGGCUUUCUUGGCCCUGUAAAGUCUGGGUUUUUUUUUUUGUUGUUGUUGUUGUUGUUGUUUUUAAUAAGAGUUUCCUUGAACCUGCUGGGUGUUUAGCCUUUCCUCUACCCCUUAGGUGGCCUGGAGAGAGAAGGGGCUGUUGUCAGCACUGUUUUACAGGUUUUCCCUGCCAUGAGGACAGGCAAUGGAGGACCCUUAUUGGCACAGCAACGAGGGGACAGUGAUGAUGGAAGCCCAAGUGGCACAAAUGCAGAAACUCCCUCUGGGGAUGAUUUCAGCCUCUCCUUGGCUGAUACUAAUCUCCCAUCUGAACUGGAGCCAGAGCUGCGCAGUUUCAUUGCUAAGCGUCUUUCGAAGGGAGCGGUCUUUGAAGGGCUGGGUAAUGUUGCAUCUGUGGAGCUAAGAAUUCCAGAUUACCGAGUUGGUUGUUACUACUGCCUUUUCCAACAGGAAAAGUUGCUUCCUGAAACAGCAACAGUGGAGUCAGAACAUAACCCUUCAGAGUAUGUGGUCUGUUUUUUAGGAGGGUCUGAAAAAGGACUUGAACUUUUCAGGCUUGAAUUGGACAAGUAUAUUCAAGGGCUGAAAAAUAAUAUGAACUGUGAGGAAAGGGGCCUGGAGAACCACAUAAAGUCCUAUCUGAGCAGCUGGUUUGAGGAUGUUGUAUGUCCAAUCCAAAGAGUUGUUCUUCUCUUUCAGGAGAAGCUUACCUUUCUGCUACAUGCCGCCUUAAGUUAUACUCCUGUUGAGGUUAAAGAAUCAGAUGAAAAAACAAAGAGAGACAUUAACAGGUUUCUGAGUGUGGCCAGUCUCCAAGGACUUAUUCACGAAGGCACCAUGACAUCUUUGUGCAUGGCCAUGACGGAGGAGCAGCAUAAAUCUGUGGUCAUAGACUGCAGCAGCUCCCAGCCUCAGUUCUACAAUGCAGGAAGCAAUCGGUUUUGUGAGGAUUGGAUGCAGGCUUUUUUGAAUGGUGCUGAAGGGGGUAACCCUUUCCUUUUCCGACAAGUACUGGAGAACUUUAAACUAAAGGCCAUACAAGACACAAACAAUUUGAAGAGAUUUAUCCGGCAGGCAGAAAUGAACCAUUAUGCUUUGUUUAAAUGUUACAUGUUCCUUAAGAACUGUGGCAGUGGAGAUAUACUUUUGAAGAUUGUUAAAGUGGAACAUGAAGAAAUGCCCGAAGCCAAAAAUGUGGUAGCUGUCCUUGAAGAAUUCAUGAAAGAAGCUCAUACCCAAAGUUUUUGAUCAUAUGUUUUGAGAUAACUGUAUCAUGAGGUUGUAGAGUCAAGCCUUAGUGUUCAAAAUUGCAGUUGUUAUGGUUGUUCAUAGGAUUGCUAUUUGAGAUUAUAGGAAACUCAUUCCAGAUUAUUUUCUUCCUUUUGGUACUUUUAAAAUUUAAAAGUCUGAGGGAUGUCUUCA